CCACAAAUAACAAUAAUUUCUAGAAAAUAUUAAGACAGUUAUCAUGAACAGCAAAGACUUUGUAGUUCUUCCAUGGGGAAAACCUGGACAUUCUGUGAAGCUAAAAUAUAAAAAUGUCCGAGAACUGAAGAUGGAGAAAGUGCAGUUAGAGUUGGAGAACCAUGAGCUGGAAAAGAAACUGCAAGAGUUCCAAUCAACAAGGAGCAAAGACAGAGAAGAAAGAGAUUCAGUUCUGGUUUCAAAGCCAGUGAGACAAGCUCUUAAUUAUCAAAUAGCAAAUUUUUCUGAAAGAGAGAAGCCCAAGAUAAGAGGGAAGGUUUGUGGGCAGUGUGAGAACAAAGCCGCUCUGCUGGUAUGUCUUGAGUGUGGAGAAGAUUACUGUUCAGGAUGCUUCGCUAAAAUUCACCAGAAGGGGGCACUGAGGUUCCAUAGAACAACUCUUUUGCAGGCAAAAUCUCAAAUAUUAUCCAAUGUAUUGGAUGUUGCCCAUGGGUUUAUAAAGGAAGUUAAUCCAGAUAAACCCAAAGGGGAGAAUCGCUCUCCAAAAGAGAUUAGUAAGAGUCAGCAUCUACCCAAACCUCCUCUGCUGAAGGAGAGCAGCUCCCAGAUGGAAGUUUCAACAACACAAAAAGGCGAGUGUAUAAACCCGAGAGAUAGGCUCUUGUGUGAAGGGUCAUUCGAUGAAGAAGCUUCUGCCCAGUCCUUUCAGGAAGUUUUAAAUGAAUGGAGAACUGGACAUCAUAAUGACAAUGGAGAGCAGAACUUGCCUGCAGCAAAGCCAGACUCAUUGGAAGAAUGUGAGGUACAAACCAAUCUGAAAAUUUGGAGAGAACCACUUCAUAUUGAAUUUAAAGAAGACAGUAUAUCCUAUAUGGAAAAAUUAUGGCUUAAAAAACACAGAAGAACUCCACGGGAGCAACUUCAAAAUAUGCCACCAGCUAUAUUCAUACCUCAGUGUACAACCAUUAAUGAGUCACAACGUUCUCAAAGUGAAAGUGAUGAAGAUAAUGAUGUUGAGGAGACUGAAGUACAAUGCCCAGCUCUUUUCCUGCCAGUGGAAGAAUUAAAAACAGAGAGACCUGAAACAUCUGUAGAAAUAGUUGAACUGGAUGAUACUUACGAAGAAGAAUUUGAAGAACAAGGAAAGGUCGUGCCUUACAAAGUCGAAUUAGCUGAUGCAGUUAGUCAACAAAGUUGCGCAUUUUAUGAUUAUCAGAAUACUUUUCCAUAUAAAAAUGAUAUCCAUCAGCAUCAUGCUUUCACCAAUGGAAAAACAGACCUCUUACAUCUUCAUCUAAGCAACAGCCCUUCUUAUUGUGAAGAUAACUCAAAAGCAGGAACUUCAAAUAAAAAAUUUGGCAACAAUGUGGAUCCUGAUGUAUAUUCUUCUGCUGUUGAAAAAUUAGGGGAGAGCAGCUUUUCUGAAAGACAUUUCAAAGAGAAAAGUAUAAUCGAUAUGGAAUGUAAUCAAACUCUGAAUAAUUCCUGCAUAUCAUUUGCAAACAAGGAUUCUUUUCCAACAGUAGAUUUAGAAACACCUUCCAUGAAGGAGAAAUUGUCUGAAGACAUCAAAGAAUCCUUGGAAUUUAGCAACUUUCUGGAGCGGCCAAACUUGGAAGAUUCAAAAACUACAGAGUCACCACUGAAACAUCGAGACAGAGACUGGAUCCCAGACCAGAGCAUAAGUCCUAACAGUGCAGUUGCUUCGGGUGCUGUGCAGAGUGGCCAGAACCCAUCAUCAAGUAGAACACAGCAAAAGAUAGGCAAGACAUCACAGAGACCUUCAACAGCAAAUUUACCACUUUCCACCUCUGUUAAAAUAAGUUCCAACUAUAAUUUCUCCUUCCAUCCUCCACCAAGAAGUGCCCCAGCUCAAUCUUUUUCUAGAGCUGCUUCUGAAAUUUCAGAAAUUGAGCACAUUGAUAUUACUGACCACAAUGAGCCUUUUUCAGACAACACUGCUGACCAACAAGCCUUCGACAGUCUGGAAAAGGAAUUGAAUGGGCUGAGAAAUCUUGCAGAUCCUUCGGAAAAAAGUUACAGCCUAAUCUCAGAAGAGUCACCAGCCUUCAACAAUGAUUCGCUGAACUUAAGUCAGGCUACCCUAGAUUUCUUUCAGACCUCACAUUCCAGGGACCCUUGUGGAAUUAAGGAACUGAGCUUUUCUGUAAAAGAUACUGAGAUUCAGUCUUUCCUGACACUUUCUGAAAACAGAAAGGACGAGGAGGAGAAGGACUUUCUUGACAAGCAACAUGUCAUCACACUACCAUGGCCGAAGAGCACCUAAGGGCCAUUUGUUCUUCACUUUUUACUUUUUGUACCCAAAGUAAUUGGAAAAAAAGUUAACAACUAAUAAAAGUAACCAAGAAAUUACUUCUCUA